AGCAUUAACUAUGGUCCCAGUGGCAACUCGGCCAAGAGAAGGUACAGCUAUGGAAACUUUACACUCAAGAGUCAAGACGGCCUAGACUCUGUCUUUACUGAUGAUGAGAAGAUCCCUGGCAGGGAGAAUGGGAGUCGUCGAGGGUCUUUGCUUUUGGCACACAUGGGGCGACGUAUGAGUAUGCAAAACCAAGGGAUCCUCUCCUCUCAAUCUCUCACACCCAUUGCCAGGCAGGAUGCCAAAGAGUCAAGCAACCCUGGAGAAUGCAAUGGGAAAGCUUCUUUGCCUGGUGGAGACCUCACUUCUGGGAAUGUCACAUCCUCAGGGGCUACUGAAACAUCUGGAAAAAUAGAUAUGACUUCUGAGGAGACCAAGAAGAAGAAUGCACUGACGGCCCACACCUUGUCUGCAGAGUAUUUUAAUGAACCAUUCCGAGUGAAAAGGGCAGUGAGUGUAGUCAGUAUCAUUACUUCUGUCCUCGAGGAACUUGAAGAAUCUGAGCAGAGGUGUCAUCCUUGCUGGAUCCGCUUUGCUCAGAAGUACCUGAUUUGGGAAUGCUGCAAGCCCUGGGUGAAGUUCAAGACUCUGGUAGCAUAUAUCGUGAUGGACCCUUUCACGGAGCUCAUUGUCACCCUAUGCAUUGUGACCAACACGCUCUUCAUGUCCAUGGAGCACUAUAAUAUGACUGCAGCCUUUUCUUCCAUGCUCCAAGCAGGCAAUAUAUUCUUCACAUUUAUUUUCACGGCUGAAAUGGUGUUCAAGAUCAUCGCCUUCCAUCCCUACUACUACUUCCAGAAGAGCUGGAAUAUCUUUGACAGCGUCAUCGUCACCUUGAGCCUGGUAGAGCUGGGUCUGCCCCAGAGAGCAAGCUUGUCGGUGCUCCGCUCCUUCAGACUGCUGAGGGUCUUCAAGCUGGCCAAGUCCUGGCCAACCCUGAAUAAUCUCAUCAAGAUCAUCGGCAACUCUGUGGGAGCCUUGGGCAACCUCACCCUGAUCUUGGCCAUCAUUGUCUUCAUCUUCGCCGUGGUUGGAAAGCAGCUCUUUGGAGAGAGCUAUGUGAAACUCCUCGAUAAAAAGACCAAUCAGCUGCCCCGUUGGCAUAUGCGUGACUUCUUCCAUUCCUUUCUCAUCGUAUUCCGAAUCCUCUGUGGGGAAUGGAUUGAGACCAUGUGGGACUGUAUGAAAGUGUCUGAGAUACCUCUGUGUCUCAUCGUCUUCUUAAUGGUGAUGGUGCUGGGGAACCUGGUGGUCCUUAACCUGUUCAUUGCCUUGCUGCUGAAUUCCUUCAGUGCUGACAACCUCUCCUCGGAUGACGAUGGAGAGCUAAACAACCUCCAAAUAGCCUUGGCCAGGAUUCACAGGUUCAUGCAUUUCAUCGUGCAGGCCAUUCGGGAUUUGGGGGGCAGAAGUUUCUGGAUUUCCAAGGCCAGAAAGGAAAAACAGAAGGCCGUGGUGAAAAUGGCCUUCUCGGACUCAGGGACCCUCAACCACAUGGCUGCCCAGGCUCUCACCAGCGCUGGGAGCAUCAAAGAGAAGGCGGCUCCCAAUGGGCUGGCCUUGGAGCUGGCCGGCUGCCCUGUCGAUGACCCUGGGAAUCUUGUGACCAGCGGCACUGUGGAAAUCUCAGUCCCUAUGGCCAUGGCCGAAUCUGAUCUUGAAGACGAAGAGGAUGAGGAUGAGGAUGAUCCAAGUAUGGCUUUAGAAGCGGCCCCUCCGAAACAGGAAGUCCCCCUUCAAGAAAAAAGAAGACCACAGGAAAAUAACCAUCAGCCCGUGUCUGAGACCUCUUCUGAAGACUUGGCCUUGUACCUGGAUAAACAAUGGAAGGAUACCCAAUCAGGUGGCAGUCCCGCAGAGAAAGGAGAUGUCACAAGUUGCUCUGAAGGCAGCACCGUGGACAUCCCUGAUCCGGAGACAAUACUAAAGCAGAUCACAGAUCUCAGCGAGGACUUAGAGGAGCCUGAUGAUUGCUUCACAGAGGACUGCAUUCGUCGAUGUCCGUGCUGUGAAGUGGACACAGGAAAGUUUCCUGGAUCUCUCUUCUGGAACCUGAGAAAAACCUGUUACCGUAUUGUGGAGCACAACUGGUUUGAGAGUUUUAUCAUCUUCAUGAUUCUGCUGAGCAGUGGGGCCCUGGCUUUCGAAGACGUUAAUCUGGAGGAGAGGGCCACGGUGAAAGCCAUCCUGGAGUUUGCUGACCGCGUCUUCACUUAUAUCUUUAUCCUCGAGAUGCUGCUGAAGUGGGUGGCCUAUGGCUUCAAGACCUACUUCACUAAUGCCUGGUGCUGGCUGGACUUCCUCAUCGUGGAUGUUUCGAUGAUAAGCCUCAUAGCAAACACACUUGGCUACUCUGAAAUGGGUCCCAUUAAAUCCCUCAGGACACUCCGAGCACUGAGACCCUUGAGAGCACUGUCACGAUUUGAAGGCAUGAGGGUGGUGGUCGAUGCCCUGGUUGGUGCCAUCCCUUCCAUCAUGAAUGUCCUUCUGGUCUGUCUUAUCUUCUGGCUCAUCUUUAGCAUCAUGGGAGUGAAUCUCUUUUCAGGAAAAUUUGGCAGAUGCAUUAACAUCACCCUCGAAAACUUUCCCCCAGUGGAUGCUUUGAUCGUCAAUAACAAGACUCAGUGCAAUGAAGAAAAUGGUCCUGGUCUCUUCUGGGACACCGUGAAGGUCAACUUUAACAAUGUGGGAAUUGGUUACCUUGCUCUUCUGCAGGUGGCAACGUUUAAAGGGUGGAUGGACAUCAUGUAUGCCGCCGUGGAUUCUCGGAAGCAAGAGGAGCAGCCGCAGUGGGAGGCCAACUUGUACAUGUACCUGUAUUUUGUCAUCUUCAUCAUCUUCGGGGGCUUCUUCACGCUGAAUCUCUUUGUUGGAGUCAUAAUCGACAACUUCAAUCAACAAAAGAAAAAGAUAAGUGGUCAAGACAUUUUUAUGACUGAAGAACAGAAGAAAUAUUAUAAUGCUAUGAAAAAACUGGGAUCUAAGAAGCCUCAGAAACCAAUCCCGAGACCUCUGAACAAAUACCAGGGCUUCGUGUUUGACAUCGUCACCCAGCAGGCCUUCGACAUAGCCAUCAUGGUGCUCAUCUGCCUCAACAUGAUCACCAUGAUGGUGGAGACGGACGGCCAGAGUGAGCAGAAGACCAAAAUUCUCAACCGGAUCAACCACUUCUUCGUGGCCGUCUUCACCGCAGAAUGCGUCCUGAAGAUGUUUGCCCUCAGAUAUUACUAUUUCAUCAACGGGUGGAACAUCUUUGAUUUUAUUGUCGUGAUCCUCUCCAUUGUGAGCUUGGUGUUUUCUGGCAUUAUGAAGUCACUUGAAAAUUAUUUCUCACCAACGCUCUUCCGAGUCAUCCGCCUGGCUCGGAUCGGCCGCAUCCUCCGGCUGAUCCGAGCGGCCAAGGGGAUCCGCACGCUGCUCUUCGCCCUCAUGAUGUCCCUCCCUGCCCUCUUCAACAUCGGCCUGCUGCUCUUCCUGGUCAUGUUCAUCUACUCCAUCUUCGGCAUGGCCAACUUCGCCUACGUGAAGGAGGAGGCUGGUAUCGAUGACAUGUUCAACUUCCGGACAUUCCCCAACAGCAUGCUCUGCCUCUUCCAGAUCACCACGUCCGCCGGCUGGGACGGGCUCCUCAGCCCCAUCCUCAACACUGGACACCCCUACUGUGACCCAGAUUCAGCCAACUCCAGCAAGUCCAGGGGAAACUGUGGCAACCCCACCAUCGGAAUCGCGUUCUUUGUCAGUUACAUCAUCGUCUCCUUCCUGAUCGUGAUCAACAUGUACAUCGCCGUCAUCCUGGAGAACUUCAACGUGGCCACGGAGGAGAGCACCGAGCCGCUGAGCGAGGACGACUUCGACAUGUUCUACGAGACCUGGGAGAAGUUCGACCCCGAGGCCACUCAGUUCAUUACAUUUUCGGCCCUUUCCGACUUCGCAGAUACGCUGACGGGACCCCUGCGCAUUCCAAAACCUAACCAGAAUAAACUCAUCCAGAUGGACCUGCCUUUGGUCACAGGAGACAAGAUCCACUGUCUGGAUAUUUUGUUUGCCUUUACCAAGAGAGUACUGGGAGAAUCUGGGGAGAUGGACACCCUGAAGGCCCAAAUGGAGGAAAAGUUCAUGGCCGCUAAUCCUUCUAAAGAUUCCUAUGAACCAAUAGCAACUACUCUGAGAUCAAAACAGGAAAAUGUGUCUGCCUCCAUCAUCCAAAGGGCCUACAGAAAAUAUCUCUUGCAGCAUUCCCUACAACAAGUCAUCAUUACAUGCGCAAACGACGUUGGCGAGCCCGUGUGUGAGAGGGCCACUGAAGAUGAAGCCUUGGCUGAAUUCAUGAUGAAUGAAAACAUUGAGCUUCCAGACAAGUCAGAAACCGCUUCCACUAUGUCCUUCCCUCCAUCUUACGACAGUGUCACCAGAGGGCUCAGUGAGGAAGGCCAGCUGGAUGCAUCCAACACUGGCCAAAUGGAAGAAGAAGAUGCUAGCUAUGACCAGCUAUCUCAGGAUUUGGACAAGGCAUCAUCGAUGUAG